UGACUAUCCUCUUUUGCAGAUAUCCUUGUCCUUGCCUCGCUCGCACUCUGUGGUCGACAUUGCUUGGGCGCGAAUAUAGUCGUCUCUGAGAUGCACUGGGAUUUCGGGGCUUGAAUCUGACUUGGUGUGACAUAACAGAGCUUGAACGCUGUCGUGGCGGCACGGCAAACAAACGACGUGCCAUCUCUGGCUUUUGUCCCCCAGCGACUGGCGAUGCUGAUUGACUAAUUAAACCAUCAAGCUGGGAACAAAGCACACCGUCAAAAAAACUCGGGAAUCCCAUGGGCACUUCCCUUUGGUUACCUGGAGCUACUUUACCGCUGCUAAAGGCUUCUGAGAGGAAAGUCGCUGUCUCUCGAUGUUUAUUCAACCUCGCGACGAGCACAACCAAAGCCUUGCACCACUUCCAAGCAUUCAAGAGGCCAGCGUCAUUCGGUUUCAUAUUGACAGGUCACAGCCUGUACAGCAACACGUUCCCAGGAACGCUGGGUUCCGUCUCAAAUCCGGGUCCAUAAGCGGCAGUUCGCCUCCUGUCUCGAUCCAACUAUAAAGCGGGCCAGACCUCUCGCCACUUGACUCAUUCCCUUCCGCCCGUCCAUCAUCAUGGCGCUCGUUCCCCUCAUCCGACUCGUUGCUUUGUCUCUUGUCAGCGUGUUCGCUGUGAUCGUGUUGGGUCUGACCGCCGGGCUCACGUCUCUGACUGAGACAUACCUGGGGGGCUACUUCCAGUUUGCUGCACUGGGAAUCGCCACCGCGUCACUGACAUUGCUCACCGUUCCUGCUAUGAUUGCCCUGGAGAUCAUUCGUCCGGGUGGCUUCACGUCGCAAAUCAUUGUCGAGCUACCGUGGUUAUCCGUUCUUUGGGUUCUGUGGCUCGCAACCGCUGCUGACGCAACGAAUGUCGCAAACAACAUAUUCAUUGCUAGCUGUGGCGACUACUUCAGUGACAAGAUUGCACAAGGCUGUAGGGAGACCUCCGCCGUUCAAGGCUUGGCAUAUGUGACUUGGGUCAUCCGUCAGUGUCUUCAGAUGAAGUAACCUUUGGUAAUCAUCUGACUUGAAUUCCAGUCUUCGGAUACACGAUAUUCAUCCUCUCUCUGUCUAUCACCGCUGCUUCGCGCCAACAACCUGGGGUGUGGAGGUCAUCUGUCGCCGAGGCACCAUUCUUUGCUGGUGCACCUGCUGCUGCAGGUGACGUGCCCCCAGCAACUUCCCAGACCGCAGGGACUACCGGUGUCUCGUACGGAGGAAGCGCUCCGGGUGGAACUGAUGAGCCCGCAUCGAUGGGCGGUGCGGGUCCCACGUCAGUCCAGGCUGGAACGGUCCACCAAAUUGUUUGAACGGGAAAAUAGUUACAGUACGACCUUGCUUAUGACUUGCUCUUUCCGUAUAUUGUACAUCGCUCGCACUCGUUGCAUUUAACGAAAUCUUCCACGAGUACAAGGAAUGUCUGCACGCACUUGAGUUUGGGGACUUCGAAUUAUCUGAUCAUUUGAUUGUGAUUAAAGGCUCGUGGCCCAUGUCUGUGGAGAGAAACAAAAAAAUCAAACACAAGGGAAGGAGAAAAAUCAGAGGAAAAGGGAGAGUAUAUUAUGAUUUAGAUUUGAAGAUGGGACUGUUGGAACAAAUAAUCUUCCCUGUUGUGGGCCGUACAGGCUGUAUCGCGA